AUGUCUGCCAUUCCUCCAGAAUCUCUCAUAAGUCAGAAGUCCAGCGCCAUCCUCUCGCUAUGCGUUUCCACACAGGUCGUAUACCAUGAUCGUGAAUCAGCACGAGUCACCCACUCAAUAACCACAGCACAAACAGCUACUGUCCUUCAUCGUCUAUGGGCGAAUCUAGUAGUGAGGAGCCUGGUAGGUGGGAGCCUUGUACUCAGGCUUAGGAGCAGGCUUGGGCUUCUCAGCCUUGGGCUUGGUGUACUCAGGCUUGUGGGGCUUAGGGGCGGGCUUGGGAGCCUUGUAGGUAGGCUUGGGAGCAGGCUUGGGCUUCUCGUGGUGAGGCUUAGGAGCAGUGUACUCAGGCUUGUGGGGCUUGGGAGCCUUGGGCUUGGUGUACUCGGGCUUGUGAGGCUUAGGAGCAGGCUUGGGGGCCUCGUAGGCGGGCUUGGGGUGAGGCUUGGGAGCCUUAGGCUUGGUGUACUCAGGCUUGUGAGGCUUGGGAGCAGGCUUGGGAGCCUCGUACUUGGGCUUAGUGUACUCAGGCUUGUGAGGCUUGGGGGCCUUGGGCUUGGUGUACUUGGGCUUCACGGGCUUGGGAGCCUCAUAAGUAGGCUUGGGGUGAGGCUUAGGCUUAGGCUUCUCGUGGUGAGGCUUGGGAGCCUGGUACUUGGGAGUCUUGGGCUUCUCGUAGUGAGGCUUGGGGUGAGGCUUGGGCUUGGGCUUCUCGUGGUGAGGAGCAGGGUACUCAGGCUUCUUGGGGUGAGGCUUGGGCUUGGGCUUCUCGUGGUGAGGAGCAGGGUACUCAGGCUUCUUGGGGUGAGGCUUGGGCUUGGGCUUCUCGUGWUGAGGAGCAGGGUACUCAGGCUUCUUGGGAUGAGGCUUGGGCUUAGGCUUCUCAUGGUGAGGCUUGGGAGCAGGGUACUCGUGCUUGGGCUUCUCGUGAUGAGGCUUGGGCUUGGGCUUCUCAUAGUGAGGCUUGGGGGCCUUAGGAGCCUCGUAGCUGGAGUACGAAACAUCGUAGUUGGCCUCGGCGACGGGAGCGGCGAGGAUGCCAGUGGCAAGGGUGAGAAGGGUGACAGCAGAGAACUUCAUGUUGGCGGUUUAGUUUUCGAAGCAGAAAAGGAAUUAAGGAAGGACUGUUGUCUUUGUUAA